CUCCUCCUCCUCCUCCUGCUCCUCCAGCCUGACUCUCCAGAGCCCAGCCGGGCGGGCGGGCAGGCGGGCCGACAGGAUCCGGGUGGAGGAGGACGGGACGGGGACAGUGAGUGGCACAGGACCCCAGUCGGGGCCCCGGAGAACUCAGCUCCCAGCCCCACGGCGGGGAUGGACUGAGACGCCAGCACCCCCGGGCCCCCAAGCCUGAGACGCCGGCACUCCCGGGCCCCCAAGCCUGAGAGGCCAGCACUCCCGGGCCCCCAAGCCUCCACAGCUCUGCCUUCCUGCCUUUGGCUACCAACCCCUGGGUCCAGCCCGAGCCCCCGCCCCACCGGACCAUGGGGCCACCUGCGCCAUCCCCUCCGCCACGGCUCCCGCCGCCCCUGUUGCUGCUGCUGCUCCUCCUCCUCUCCCCGGGACCCCGGGCGCAGGCCUGCCCAGCCGGCUGCCAAUGCAACCAGCCUCAGACCGUCUUCUGCAUCGCCCGCAAGGGCGCCACGGUGCCGGAUGACGUGCCCCCGGACACGGCCGGCCUGUACGUCUUCGAGAACGGCAUCACGGCCCUGGCGCCGGGCAGCUUCGCCGGCCUCUCGGCCCUGCAGCUCCUAGACCUGUCCCAGAACAAGAUCGCCGAGCUCGAGGACGGGGUCUUUCAGCCGCUGGCCAACCUCAGCAACCUGGACCUGUCUGCCAACCGGCUGCAGGAGAUCACCAACGGGACCUUCCGGGGGCUCAGGCUGCUGGAGCGGCUCUACCUGGACCGCAACCGCCUCCGCCACAUCCACCCGCAGGCCUUCGACACGCUCGAGAGCCUCCUGGAGCUCAAGCUGCAGGACAACCAGCUGCGGACCCUCCCCGCCCUGCGCCUGCCCCGCCUCCUGCUGCUGGACCUCAGCCACAACCGCAUCGCGGCCCUGGAGCCGGCGGCCACCUUCGGGCUGGGCAACGUCGAGUCGCUGAAGCUGGCGGGGCUGGGGCUGAGCCGGCUGGACGAGGAGCUCUUCCGGGGCCUGCGCAACCUGCACGAGCUCAACGUCUCUGAUAACCGGCUGGAGCGGGUGCCCCCGGUCCUGCGUGAGCUGCGGGGACUCACCCGCCUCAGCCUGGCGGGCAACACGCGCAUCACCCAGCUGCUGCCCGGGGACCUGGACGGUCUGGUCAACCUGCAGGAGCUGGACCUCAGCAACCUGAGCCUGCAGGGCUUCCCCCGGGACUUCUUCGGCCUCUUCCCCCGCCUCCGGGUGGUCUCGGCCGCCCGCAACCCUUUUAACUGCGUGUGCCAGCUGAGUUGGUUCGGCCAAUGGGCGCACGAGGGCCGGGUCCAGCUGCGCCACCCGGAAGAGACGCGCUGCCACUUCCCCCCGAAGAACGCGGGCAAGCUCCUGCAGCAGCUGGACUACGCCGACUUCGGCUGCCCGGCCACCACCGCCGCCCCCGCCACGGCCCCGCCGCCCCGGCCCGCCACCCUCCGGCCGGCCCGGCCCCCCACCAGUCCGCCCCCGGUGGAUCCCGGCACCUGGGCCCCCACCCUGCCGCCCCGGGGGCCCAGCCCCAGCCUGACCCCGACCACCGCCCCGGCGGGUGACCCUGGCCCCCAGCUGCCGCCGUGCCCGCCACACACCUGCCUCAACGGGGGCACCUGCCAGGUGAAUGCCCAGCACCACCUGGAGUGCCUGUGCCCCGAGGGCUUCUCGGGCCUGUACUGUGAGGGCGGGCGACCCACCCUACCCGGGCCCACCCAGGCUCUGGCCCGUCCGCCCCGGCUCAGCAUCCAGGGGGUGAGCCCCACCUCCCUGCGGGUGGGGCUGCAGAGCUACAUCCGGACCAAAGCCCAGCUCAAGGGCAUCCGGCUGACCUACCGCAACCUGUCGGGCCCGGACAAGCGGCCCGUGACCCUCAGCCUGCCUGCCUCGCUCGCCGAGUACACCGUGACGCAGCUGCGCCCCAACGCCACCUACUCCAUCUGCGUCGGGCCACUCGGCGGUCGCUCCCCUGAGGAGGCCUGCGGGGAGGCCCGCACCCCGCCGCCUUCUCAGUCCAACCACGCGCCCGUCACGCAGACCAAGGAGGGGGACCUGCCGCUCAUGAUCGUGCCCGCCCUGGCCGCCCUGCUCCUGGGCGCGCUGGCCGCGGCGGGCACUGCCUACUGCCUGCGGCGGCGGGGCCGGGACAAGGGGUGCGGCGGGUCCGGUCCGGGACUGGAGGCCGGGCCGCUUGAACUGGAGGGGGUCAAGGCCCGGUUAGAGGACGCCGACUCACCCGGCGGCGGGGGCGGCGCCCCGCUGCCCGAGGGGGGCGGGACCCUGCCGGGGGGCUCCGAGUGCGAGGUCCCACUCAUGCGCUACGCCAGCAACAACAACGGCCCCCCCGUCGCCAAGCCCUCCUACUUCUGAACGCCUAGUCCCGGCGGGGGACCCGGGGCCUGGCGGUGCCCUCGGUGAGAACCCGGCCCCCACCCCCAGCCCCUCGCCACGCAAUGUGCAAUCUCUCAAGGGGCCGAGUCCCGGGGCAAGGUCCCUCCCCGCCUCCCACCCCGACGCCCCCAGCUGUGUCUGUCGACAGACCGAGUUCGCCGACCCCGGAGGGACAGAGAGAACCCUUGGUGCCCUUGGGAAGUCUCUGGGUGCUGGCAUCUCAGGGACCUUGUCCCGAGGGGCCGCUCCCUCCAGGCUGGUUCCUGGGGGAGGAGUCAAGGCAGCGCCCAGAAGGGGUGAUCCCCAGAGGGGGCUGAACCCCCAUCUUGGGGACCCCGGAAGUGAAGGAACAAAAGAAACUGGAAAGAAAAAGCUUUAAGGACUUUUUUUUUUUUGAGGAAAAUAUUUAUAUGAGAAUCUUUCCCAAUUCUUCUGGGAAAGAGCUGCUCGUCCCCAGAGGCGAGGACUUGGGUUUUGUAAGACCGAUGAUGACAUGAAGGCCUUUUGUAAAAAAAUAAAAUAAAGACAACAGUCCGUGAAACUGG